AUGGCGCCAGGUGAGAACGGCGAGCUUUGCUGGUCCCAGGAUGAGGGAGAUACUAACGCUUUGCAGAUUGUCAUUGUGGGAGGCGGCUUGGGGGGCCUUGGGGCCGCGAUUGGCGCCUUGCUCGCCGGCCACGAGGUCGUGGUGCUUGAGGCAGCCACAAAGAUUGGUGAGAUCGGCGCCGGCAUCCAGGUUCUUCCCAACUCGGCACGCGUCCUUUUUUCCUGGGGCCUGCAUGACGUCCUGGAGCCCUAUGCGACGACGCCGAAAUACUGCCACUUUGUCGGCUGGCGCGGCAAUAGGCUCGGGGCCAUGAAUUACCACGAAUACGGCCGGGCUGCCAGAGGGGUCUUCUGGGACCUUCAUCGCGCGGACUUGCACCGGUGCCUGCUCAACAGAGUCAUUGACCUUGGCGGGCAUGUGAUGACUUCGGCUCGCGCGACUGGUCUGUCAGUCAACGAGGAAGACGGGGACGCUAGCACGAGCACAACGACCGUCACUCUUGCAGACGGUCGCCAAAUCACGGGCGACCUCGUUGUAGGCGCCGACGGCAUCAAGUCCAAUAUUGACGAGCUGCUGGUGGGCCGGACCCACCCCCCGACCCUGACGGGAGAUAUUGCCUACCGGCUGCUGCUCGACACGCGCAAGCCGGACAUCAUGGAUGACCCGGAGCUGCGCAACAUGGUCGAAGAGCCACAGGUGACAUACUGGGUCGGGCCGGACAAGCACGCCGUCACCUACGUGCUGCGCGGCGGGCACCAGCUCAACAUGGUCCUCCUCGUGCCCGAUGACAUGCCACUGCCUGCUGCCCAGGGCCAGGACUCUACUAGCAGUGAAGACACCCUGGCCACCGGCGCGGGUACAGCCGAUGAGAUGCGGGCUCUCUUUGACGGCUGGGACCCCCGCAUCUCGCGCUUGCUGGCGACCUGCGACGCAGAUUCGGUCCUUAAGUGGCGGCUCGCGAUCCGGCCAGACUCGAACCCGUCGCGGUCCUGGUCGCACCCAUCGGGCAGCGCGACACUGUUGGGUGAUGCGGUCCACGCGACGCUGCCGUACCUGGCGAGCGGCGCCGCCAUGGCCCUCGAAGACGGCGGCGUACUGGGCCUGUGCCUCGCGCGCAUCUGCGACAAGAGCCGGGCUUCCAAGCGGGCUGCCCUGGCUGUGUACGAGGCCCGCCGCCGCCAGCGCACGCAGAACGUCCCGGAGCGCGGCUCGCACAACCAGCACGUGUUUCACCUGCAUGACGGGCCCGAGCAGCGCUGGGACGCACAGUGGUUCGCAGAGGGCAAGAGUGCUCGGACCGACGGGCCCACGCUACCAAAGUCCGCAGAGACUGGCAAGGACCCGCUGCCUUGGAGGUAUCACGGCAUUGGCCGGUGGCUAUUGACGUAUGACAUGUUUGACGAUGUCGAGGUUGGCUUUGAUCGGUAUCAUGCCACGGCGACGCCGGCUCCAACACCCCGGAUUUGA